CCCGCCUAGGAUGACCGUGUCGCGCGCCGUUCGCUCGGCUUCCAGGCGGCCCUCGGCUUUCUGAGUGUCGGUACCCCGCGCCAGGGGGCGGCUUACCCGUCGACGAGCCACGACUCGCCGUCGACCCGGGCGCGCGCAUUCACCGAGCCGGACGCCCGCGGAAAGGAUCGACCGAGGAGAAGUCGCGACUUGGGGGGCAACCUUCCCCACUACAGGGGGGAAAGCGGGUCGCUGAUUGGCUGGCGAGGGACCGGGCUCGGACAGGUCGGGCAGAGCGAACGGGCGCCAGGGGAAAGCGGCCGCUCUGAUUGGCCCGUGCAUGGACCAUGGGUCACGUGAUACGUAGAGGCUUGACCGCCAGUCUGGCCGUCGCGGCGUUCUUCUCCUUAUCCCGGUCGGCCAUGGCGGUCGACUUGAAUCGACUCUACGAGAGCUUCUACGCGAAGAAAGCCGGCGGCGUCUGCCAUCCGUACGAGCCUUUCAAGUGUCCUGGAGACGGGAUCUGCAUCUCGAUCCAGUAUCUGUGCGACGGGGCGCCGGAUUGCCAGGAUGGCUACGACGAGGACUCCCGACUCUGCACGGCAGCCAAGAGGCCGCCCGUCGAGGAGACCGCCAGCUUCCUCCAAUCUCUGCUCUCCAGCCAUGGACCCAAUUACCUGGAGAAGCUCUUCGGGGGCAAGGCGAGGGACGCCCUCACCCCUCUGGGGGGCGUCGAAAAGGUGGCCAUCGCUCUCUCAGAGUCUCAGACGAUCGAGGACUUCGGCGCGGCCCUCCACCUGAUGCGCUCCGACCUGGAGCACCUCCGGUCGGUCUUCAUGGCCGUGGAAAACGGGGACCUGGGGAUGCUCAAGUCCCUCGGGAUCAAGGACUCGGAGCUGGGUGACGUCAAGUUCUUCCUGGAGAAGCUCGUCAAGACGGGAUUCCUCGACUGAGGUGGACCUACGGAGAGGACAAUCGACUCCGGUCCCGGUUAUUCCGAUCGACCUUCUUCAGGAUCUUGACCUACCGUCAUAUCAGCGUAUAUUACCUCCUCUCUUCGGUGUAAGAUACUUGACAUUCGGUAAAAAGCUCUACGGUGUAACUCUUAACCUCUGACACUUAUCACACGUGGUAUAAGGGUUAAGGCGGGCCUCGCGCUGGCGAUUUAUCGGCGACAAUAGAUUAAUUAUUAUUAUUAAUAUACACGGAGGUCUCGUUAUCAAUGCCCUUCACCUAACUGGGCGUACCUAAUCGUUUCAAGACUUAUGGAAGAUUAAUGCACCUGGGUCACCGGGAGUCCCUGCUGCGCUCGUGAUUAAAUUAUUAAACCGCUUUAUUAUAAAAAAAUAUAUAUAGCUAUAGAGGACUGCGGAUGAAAUGAUAAUGGUAAAUGUCGCCGGCGUGGAAACCGCCUUAACGUUUCUUACUCUUCUGUCGGUCUUGCCAACACGCUACCCGGUAACCCGGCACUUGCUCGAGUUGGAAGUAAUUUCGCUGUUGUGUGCACUUACCACUGAUCUCUACAUACUUCUGGUACCGUACCAAGAUUUAUUAUUAUUUUUUAAAAUUUUAUUUUACCCCGAUAGUUUUAUCAAUCCACGGGUUUAGUACGCGUACUCACUCUGGGUACGUUUGAGGUACUUCCAUGGUUCAACAUGUCUCGGUAUCGAGUACAAUUAGAUACAUGCUCAAGCCUUUAAAAAAUCCUUAAAGAAGUCCUUUGUAUCUGUAAAGUAGAACCGCGAUAAAAUUUCAGAUUGUUGUACGGUAAUUUUAGUAUUUAGAGAUCGGAGGCAUUUACGGGGAAGAGCGACCUCUCGGGGCGAAAUCGCACCUAGCGGCGAAUUUUCGAACUAAACGGAAACGACGCGGAUAGGAGGGAAUAAAAAAUAGAGGGAGAGUAUAAGAAAGAGGUUUAACGCGUAUGACAAUUAUGUAUUUCCAUGUCAAUUGAGAUGCCCAAGUCGGUCGUAACUGCAAUUAAAUGUGAUUGAACGAGCCGGCCGUCCACGGUUCUCGAAACUCGAUACAUAUCAGAUUAUUCUCGCCUUAUGGCAAAGGCUAUCUUUUAGCUUUAAUGCUGAAGAAAGGAAGGAAAAGGAAAAAACCCCCCCCAAAAAAAAAAGUAUAACGACACGCGAAGUAUGUAUACACCUUUUCUCUCUCGCACGAAAGUAAUUUAACGUUUAUGUACCGUAACACAGAAAAGUCGUUUGGUAAAUGUGUAUAUCCUUUUUUGCUGCAUUGUCGUGUGUCUCUGGCUUGCGGGCCGAGUAAGCUAAAUAAAAUGUCUCUGCUGGUCGUUUUUUA